UCGCGGCAAAACCCAGCAAUUCCGAGGGCGAGCGAUCGGGCCGGGACCGGCCGAGCCCACUUCUCCCUCCACGGCGCAGUGCAAAGCUGGGUAGGGGUCGCCGCGGCACCCGCGCAGCCACAGCCGGCUUGGGGAGCUGCUCUGCUCCCUGUUUUUCCCCCCACUUUCUCUCCCUUUUCUGGAAGGGCUUGUGCAGGGCUGGGGGAAAACAAACACUCACGGCAAAGUGGAAAACAGUUAAUGACCAGCCACAGCGUCACUGUGUGCUCCGGCCGCUUCAUCCAGGACUUCCGAGCCACACACUCUAGUGGCUGUGGGUGCUGGCAGAGGUAACAUGGCUUGUUGGCCUCAGUUGAGGCUGCUGCUGUGGAAGAACCUGACAUUUCGAAGAAGGCAAACAUGUCAGCUGUUACUGGAAGUGGCCUGGCCUCUCUUUAUCUUCCUGAUUCUGAUCUCUGUCCGCCUGAGCUACCCACCCUACGAACAACAUGAGUGCCACUUUCCAAAUAAAGCCAUGCCUUCCGCAGGAACCCUUCCCUGGGUACAGGGGAUUAUCUGUAAUGCCAAUAACCCUUGCUUCCGUUAUCCAACUCCCGGUGAGGCUCCUGGCGUUGUUGGCAACUUUAACAAGUCGAUUGUGUCUCGCCUGUUCUCGGAUGCCCGGAGGCUCCUUUUGUACAGCCAAAAAGACACCAGCAUAAAGGACAUGCACAAGGUCCUGAGAACGUUACGACAGAUCAAACAUUCCAACUCCAAGUUGAAGCUCCAGGAUUUCCUGGUGGACAAUGAAACAUUCUCUGGAUUCCUGCAUCACAAUCUGUCCCUCCCAAGGCCCGCUGUGGACAACCUGCUGCAGGCUGAUGUCAGUCUCCAGAAGGUGUUUUUACAAGGCUACCAGUUACAUUUGGCCAAUCUGUGUAAUGGAUCAAAAUUAGAAGAGCUCAUUCAUCUUGGUGACCUGGAAGUGUCUGCUCUUUGUGGCUUGCCGAGGGAGAAGCUAGAUGCAGCGGAGCGAGUGCUGCGUUAUAACGUGGACAUCUUGAAGCCCAUUGUGACAAGACUAAACUCCACAUCUCCUCUCCUGACCCAGCAUCUGGCUGAAGCCACCAGAAUGCUGCUGGACAGCUUAGGGAACCUGGCUCAAGAGCUGUUCAGCACAAAGAGCUGGAGCGACAUGCGGCAGGAGGUGAUGUUUCUGACCAAUGUGAACAGCUCCAGCUCCUCCACCCAAAUAUACCAGGCUGUGUCCCGCAUUGUGUGUGGUCACCCGGAGGGAGGGGGCCUGAAGAUCAAGUCCCUCAACUGGUACGAGGAUAACAACUACAAAGCCCUCUUUGGAGGCAACGGCACCGAUGACGACAUGGAUACCUUCUAUGACAACUCCACAACUCCUUACUGCAAUGAUAUGAUGAAGAACUUGGAGUCCAGUCCUCUUUCUCGAAUUAUUUGGAAGGCACUCAAGCCCCUGCUUGUGGGGAAGAUUCUCUACACACCUGACACUCCAGCUACAAGGCAGGUCAUGGCUGAGGUGAACAAGACCUUCCAGGAACUGGCUGUGUUCCAUGACCUGGAGGGCAUGUGGAGAGAACUCAGCCCCCAAAUCUGGACCUUCAUGGAGAACAGCCAAGAGAUGGACCUCGUCCGCACACUGUUAGACAGCAGAGGCAAUGACCAGUUUUGGGAACAGAAGUUGGAUGGAUUAGAUUGGACUGCCCAAGACAUCAUAGCAUUUUUGGCCAAGAACCCAGAGGAUGUUCAGUCCCCAAAUGUCUCUGUAUACACGUGGAGAGAAGCUUUCAAUGAGACCAACCAGGCCAUCCAGACAAUAUCUCGCUUCAUGGAGUGUGUCAACCUCAACAAGCUGGAGCCCGUCCCGACAGAAGUCCGGCUCAUCAACAAGUCCAUGGAGCUGCUGGAUGAGAGGAAGUUCUGGGCUGGUAUCGUGUUCACAGGAAUCACCCCCGGGAGUGUGGAGCUCCCCCACCAUGUCAAGUACAAGAUCCGGAUGGACAUUGACAAUGUUGAGAGGACUAACAAGAUCAAGGAUGGGUACUGGGACCCUGGUCCCCGGGCUGACCCCUUUGAAGAUAUGCGCUAUGUCUGGGGAGGCUUUGCCUAUUUACAGGAUGUUGUGGAGCAGGCGAUCAUCAGGGUGCUGACAGGAACUGAGAAGAAAACGGGUGUCUAUGUGCAGCAGAUGCCCUACCCGUGUUAUGUUGAUGACAUUUUCCUACGGGUAAUGAGCCGGUCAAUGCCCCUCUUCAUGACCCUGGCCUGGAUUUACUCUGUGGCUGUGAUCAUCAAGGGCAUUGUGUAUGAGAAGGAGGCACGGUUGAAGGAGACCAUGCGGAUCAUGGGCCUGGACAAUGGCAUACUCUGGUUUAGCUGGUUCAUUAGCAGCCUCAUCCCUCUGCUCGUGAGCGCUGGCCUGCUGGUGGUCAUCUUGAAGUUAGGAAACCUGCUGCCCUACAGUGACCCCAGUGUGGUGUUCGUCUUCCUGUCUAUGUUUGCUGUGGUGACCAUCCUGCAGUGCUUCCUCAUUAGCACGCUCUUCUCUCGGGCCAACCUGGCAGCAGCCUGUGGGGGCAUCAUCUACUUCACGCUGUACCUGCCCUACGUCCUGUGCGUAGCCUGGCAGGAUUACGUGGGCUUCUCCAUCAAGAUCUUCGCUAGUCUUCUGUCUCCUGUGGCUUUUGGAUUUGGCUGUGAAUAUUUUGCCCUUUUUGAGGAGCAAGGCAUCGGGGUACAAUGGGACAAUUUCUUUGAGAGUCCGGUGGAGGAAGAUAGCUUCAGUCUCACCACCGCAGUGUCCAUGAUGCUGUUUGACACCUUCCUCUAUGGGGUGAUGACGUGGUACAUCGAAUCCGUCUUUCCAGGACAGUAUGGAAUUCCCAGGCCAUGGUAUUUUCCUUGUACCAAGUCCUACUGGUUUGGCGAGGAAAGCGAUGAGAAGAGCCACCCUAGUUCUAGCCAGAAGGGUGUAUCAGAAAUCUGCAUGGAAGAGGAACCCACUCACCUGAGACUGGGUGUGUCCAUUCAGAACCUGGUGAAGGUUUACCGAGAUGGCAUGAAGGUGGCUGUGGAUGGCUUGACACUGAAUUUUUACGAGGGCCAGAUCACCUCCUUCCUGGGGCACAAUGGCGCAGGGAAGACUACCACCAUGUCAAUACUCACCGGAUUGUUCCCCCCGACCUCUGGCACUGCCUACAUCCUGGGGAAGGACAUUCGCUCUGAGAUGAGCUCCAUCCGGCAGAACCUGGGAGUCUGUCCCCAGCAUAAUGUGUUGUUUGACAUGCUGACCGUUGAAGAGCACAUUUGGUUCUAUGCCCGCCUAAAGGGGCUUUCGGAGAAGCAUGUGAAAGCAGAGGUGGAGCAGAUGGCGCUGGAUGUUGGCUUACCCCCCAGCAAGCUGAAAAGCAAAACAAGUCAGCUGUCAGGUGGCAUGCAGAGGAAGCUGUCUGUGGCCUUGGCCUUCGUGGGUGGAUCCAAGGUUGUCAUUCUGGAUGAGCCCACAGCAGGUGUGGACCCUUACUCGCGCAGAGGAAUAUGGGAGCUCCUGCUGAAAUACCGACAAGGCCGCACCAUUAUUCUCUCUACACACCACAUGGAUGAAGCAGACAUCCUCGGGGACAGAAUUGCCAUCAUUUCCCAUGGGAAGCUGUGUUGUGUGGGCUCCUCCCUGUUUCUGAAAAACCAGCUGGGAACAGGUUACUACCUGACGUUGGUCAAGAAAGAUGUGGAAUUGUCCCUGAGUUCCUGCAGAAACAGCAGCAGCACUGUGUCGUGUCUGAAGAAGGAGGACAGUGUUUCUCAGAGCAGUUCUGAUGCUGGCCUGGGCAGCGACCAUGAAAGUGACACGCUGACUAUCGAUGUCUCCGCUAUCUCCAACCUCAUCAGGAAACAUGUGUCUGAGGCGAGGCUGGUGGAGGACAUCGGGCACGAGCUGACCUACGUGCUGCCGUAUGAAGCUGCUAAGGAGGGGGCCUUCGUGGAACUCUUCCAUGAGAUCGAUGACCGGCUCUCAGACCUGGGCAUCUCCAGUUACGGCAUUUCAGAGACCACCCUCGAAGAAAUAUUCCUCAAGGUGGCCGAAGAGAGUGGGGUGGACGCUGAGACCUCAGAUGGUACUUUGCCAGCAAGACGAAACAGACGGGCCUUUGGGGACAAGCAGAGCUGUCUGCGUCCAUUCACUGAAGACGAUGCUAUUGAUCCGAAUGACUCUGACAUAGAUCCAGAAUCCAGGGAGACAGACCUGCUCAGUGGCGUGGAUGGCAAGGGGUCCUACCAGCUGAAAGGCUGGAAGCUCACCCAGCAACAGUUCGUGGCCCUUUUGUGGAAAAGGCUGCUGAUUGCCAGGCGAAGCAGGAAAGGGUUCUUUGCUCAGAUUGUGCUGCCAGCUGUCUUUGUUUGCAUUGCCUUGGUGUUCAGCCUGAUUGUGCCACCCUUUGGCAAGUACCCCAGCCUGGAACUUCAACCCUGGAUGUAUAAUGAGCAGUAUACAUUUGUCAGUAAUGAUGCCCCGGAGGACACGGGCACCCAGGAACUCCUGAAUGCUCUAACCAAAGAUCCAGGCUUCGGGACCCGCUGUAUGGAAGGAAACCCAAUCCCAGACACCCCUUGCUUGGUCGGGGAGGAGGACUGGACCACUGCCCCAGUUCCCCAGACCAUCAUGGACCUCUUCCAAAACGGGAACUGGACAAUGAAGAAGCCCUCGCCUGCCUGUCAGUGUAGCAGUGACAAGGUCAAGAAGAUGCUACCUGUGUGUCCCCCAGGAGCAGGGGGCCUGCCGCCUCCUCAGAGAAAACAGAACACUGCUGACAUCCUUCAGAAUCUGACCGGAAGGAACAUUUCAGAUUACCUGGUGAAGACGUAUGUGCAGAUCAUAGCGAAAAGCUUAAAGAAUAAGGUCUGGGUGAAUGAGUUUCGGUAUGGUGGGUUUUCCCUGGGUGUCAGUAAUUCUCAAGCACUUCCUCCGAGUCAAGAAGUUAAUGAUGCUAUCAAGCAAGUGAAGAAAGUCCUGAAGCUGACUAAGGGCAGCUCUGCAGAUCGGUUUCUCAGCAGCCUGGGAAGGUUCAUGACAGGACUGGAUACCAAAAACAACGUCAAGGUAUGGUUCAAUAACAAGGGCUGGCAUGCUAUCAGCUCUUUCCUGAAUGUCAUCAACAACGCCAUUCUCCGGGCCAACCUCCAGAAGGGAGAGAAUCCGAGCCAGUAUGGGAUUACUGCUUUCAAUCAUCCCCUGAACCUCACCAAGCAGCAGCUCUCGGAGGUGGCUCUGAUGACCACAUCUGUCGACGUCCUUGUGUCUAUCUGUGUCAUCUUUGCGAUGUCCUUUGUCCCAGCCAGCUUUGUUGUGUUCCUGAUCCAGGAGCGGGUGAGCAAAGCCAAACACCUUCAGUUCAUCAGCGGUGUGAAGCCCGUCAUCUACUGGCUCUCCAAUUUUGUCUGGGAUAUGUGCAAUUAUGUGGUUCCUGCUACACUGGUCAUUAUCAUCUUCAUCUGCUUCCAGCAGAAGUCCUACGUGUCCUCCACCAACCUGCCUGUCCUAGCCCUUUUGCUUUUACUGUAUGGGUGGUCCAUCACACCGCUCAUGUACCCAGCCUCCUUUGUGUUCAAGAUCCCCAGCACCGCCUAUGUGGUCCUCACCAGUGUAAACCUCUUCAUCGGCAUCAAUGGCAGCGUGGCCACUUUUGUACUGGAGCUCUUUACCAACAAUAAACUGAAUAACAUCAAUGACAUCCUGAAGUCUGUGUUCCUCAUCUUCCCACAUUUUUGCCUGGGGCGAGGGCUCAUUGACAUGGUGAAAAACCAGGCGAUGGCUGAUGCCUUGGAGAGGUUUGGAGAGAAUCGCUUUGUGUCUCCACUGUCUUGGGACUUGGUGGGACGAAACCUUUUUGCCAUGGCUGUGGAAGGAGUAGUGUUCUUUCUCAUUACUGUUCUGAUCCAGUACAGAUUUUUCAUCAGGCCCAGACCUGUAAAAGCGAAGCUCCCUCCUUUGAAUGACGAGGAUGAGGAUGUGAGGCGGGAGAGACAGAGAAUUCUGGACGGUGGAGGGCAGAAUGACAUCCUGGAGAUCAAGGAGCUGACGAAGAUCUACAGAAGGAAGCGGAAGCCAGCCGUUGACAGGAUUUGCGUUGGCAUUCCUCCUGGAGAGUGCUUUGGACUCCUGGGAGUUAAUGGAGCUGGGAAGUCAACAACUUUCAAGAUGCUGACUGGAGAUACCACUGUGACCAGAGGGGAUGCUCUCCUUAACAAAAACAGCAUCUUAUCAAAUAUCCAUGAAGUACAUCAGAACAUGGGCUACUGCCCUCAGUUCGAUGCCAUCACAGAACUGCUGACUGGGAGAGAACACGUGGAGUUUUUCGCCCUCUUGAGGGGAGUCCCAGAAAAAGAAGUUGGCAAGGUUGGUGAAUGGGCAAUCCGCAAACUGGGCCUUGUAAAGUAUGGAGAAAAAUAUGCCAGUAACUAUAGUGGAGGCAACAAACGAAAGCUUUCCACAGCCAUGGCUCUGAUUGGUGGGCCUCCGGUGGUGUUUCUGGAUGAACCAACCACAGGCAUGGACCCCAAAGCCCGGAGAUUCCUGUGGAAUUGUGCCCUAAGCAUUGUCAAGGAGGGGAGAUCUGUAGUCCUUACAUCUCAUAGUAUGGAAGAAUGUGAAGCUCUUUGUACAAGAAUGGCCAUUAUGGUCAAUGGGAGGUUCAGGUGCCUUGGCAGUGUUCAACAUCUGAAAAACAGGUUUGGAGAUGGUUAUACGAUAGUUGUACGAAUAGCAGGAUCCAGCCCUGACCUGAAGCCUGUCCAGGAGUUCUUUGGACUUGCCUUUCCAGGAAGUGUCCUAAAAGAGAAACAUCGAAACAUGCUCCAGUACCAGCUUCCAUCUUCCUUGUCAUCCCUGGCCAAGAUAUUCAGCAUCCUCUCCCAGAGCAAAAAACGACUCCAUAUAGAAGAUUACUCCGUCUCUCAGACAACACUUGACCAAGUUUUUGUGAACUUUGCCAAGGACCAAAGUGAUGAUGACCACUUAAAGGACCUGUCAUUACACAAAAACCAGACAGUCGUCGAUAUGGCCGUUCUCACAUCCUUUUUGCAAGAUGAGAAAGUGAAAGAAAGUUACGUAUGAAGAGUACUAUUUACACAGGGUGAUUGAAAGGAAGGGAGAGCUACAUCUUCCUUUGCACUUUGUCAAGUGUUUCAGAAGAAAGAGGCGUCCCUCGUUCCUGUGGAGAGAAACAAACUGGAUACUGUACUGACACUAUUCAAUGCAAUGCAAUUCAAUGCAAUGAGAACACAAUUCCAUUACAGGGGCAGUGCCUUUGUAGCCUGUGUCUUGUAUGGCUCUCUAGUGAAAAUGACUUGAAGUUAGUUCAUUACCUUCUACAGAUGUGAAACUCUGGUAUGGAACCCAGCAGACUGUGGGUUUGGAUUCAUACUUUUUGUUCCUGUGUAUUCUCACUGGGAUUGCAACAACAAUCCAUCAAGUAGUCAUGGCCAGUGAUAGUCAAAGUCAAAGGCAUGCACAUCCUCAUCCAUUAAGCCAUGCUGAACCACAAAACUUAUUUCCUGGUGACACAUCCAUUGCUGGCAAUGAAUGUGCCAGAAUUAUUAGUGCCAAGUUGCUCAGAAAGGCUGAAGCACUGAGGUGUGUCACAAACACUUUUGUGAAAGCUGCCCUGCUGUCUGUGGACAUCAUUAAAUAUCAGGUGACAAAUUGGUGCCAAGUGUGACUAAAGCCCCACUUUGGUCCUCCCUUUGAUGAGCUGCUGUUGUGGCUGUCUUGUUCAAAAUGUGGAUCUCUCUCUAAACACGGGAACUUGGUUUUGGUGUUCAGUGUUGCCCAUGCUUGGAGUCAUGCUCACCAGGUCAUCUUUCAGAGACUUUUUCAGACACAUUUGAUCCUAAUAAGAAACUGAGCAGCAAAACUGCUGGGGCUGCAAGCUGCUGAGUACGGGGUGUGACAUGAAAGAGCUGGUGCAUUUCCACGUGGGAGGUCUGGGUCUCUUUGUCCUGGCUCUCAGUACACUGCAUCCCAAGAUCCUUUAUUAUUUGACAUAAAUGUAGUAUUGUUUCUAACUGUUUGAAUUAACCUGGAAAAUGGAGAGGUGGAAUUUUAUUUUGACUUUGCAUUAUUAGUAUUAUUUGGAAUUUUAACUUAUCAAUGGCUUCUGGAACCUUAGAACCAUCUGUGUGCAUGGAAGAAUGUGGCCACACAGCCUCAUGCCUUAUUUCUUGGUAAAUUUGCAGGUGGCAUGUCUGAGUAGUGCUAGUGACAGGAAACAGUGUGGCAGUCAACAUCUCAUGCCAUAUUUUAAGGUCCUGUAGAAAAGUUUUCAGGUUUUAGGUUGAGUGUUUUUAGACUGUGAUCCCUGUGCAGACAUGUGGAUAGAAUGAGGGGGAGCUAGCAGAUUCUCUGUACCAUGUGUUGAGCUGACCAAUUUACAAAUAUAGAUGGUUUUGUUAAAUCCACUGAAAGAAUAUGGCCACACCCUUGCCCACUUGAUAGCAUCAAUACAAAAGCCAAGAAGGGUAACCAAACAAUGGACUCUUUCAAGGAGAAAACCGCCAGCUUGAGAUUUCUUGGAUACAAUUUGUGCUUGUAACCUUCUGCACCUUCAGAAUAAUUGGUUUUUCAGGAUUAGACACCCACUUACACCUCUGACAGUCUCAAAUAUUUCUUCUCUUCAGUCAUUCAGCAAUCAUGAAACAAAAAAACAAACUAUUCCACAUGGAAUAUUUUUCAGACUUUUCUAACCCAGGUUUAUUUUUUCCAUCUGCAAGCAGUAUAAAAAAAAUGUUAUUUUAUCAAUGCUCAACGAUGUCUCUCCUUCAUAUAAACAAACUUUGCUGUAUGGCAAAGUUCAAGUGACCUUUUGCCAUCACUAGUUUCUUCAACUUAGUCAAAAUGUAGAUAAUAAAUUGGAAGUGUAAGAUUUCGGAUCUAUUUCAAAUUAAAUUUAUAUAAUGUUAUGUAACUCACUGCUUGGAAAGAAAAGUUACUAUUUUGAUACUAAUGUCAACAGAGGUUUCUAAAAUGGCAUGAAAGUAUGUUUCCAAUAGUUACUGGGAUUCCACUGUUUUUUUAUGUAUCAAAGAUAAAAAAUUCAAAGAAAAAAUAUUUUUUAAAAUCAAACGUUUGUUGGCUUUCUCAGUCCACUGUCAUCGUAUUCUAACUUUUCAUUACACUACAGCCCUGAGCAAAUCCUUGUUUCAAUUACUCUGAUUUUGAUGCCACACUAAAGACAAACAACAACUAAAGAUUAAUGCACUGGGAACCAUUUUGAAAAAAAUUAAAUUCAAUGUAGAUUUAAAAUCUGUUCUGAAGUUAGAGGCAAUCUGUAGGUAUUGUUUGUACAGUACCUUUUACACUAUCCCAAUAGCAAUCUUCCAUUUUUCUGUGUGAACAAUCACUUUAGAGAUUUCAGAAAUCAAUCCUAUCUUUAAGUAAGAUUUUCUUAUAGUCCCUAUGGAGAUGUACUAUGUGAGUUUAGAAAUUCUCAAGAACAAACUUCUGAUUUACUUUUUUUUUUCUUUAAUCUUGGAAUACUUACUAACUGUGAAUAUGGAAAGUCAAAAGAAAGAGAGCCUUCUUUACAUACAUACCCAGCACAAUUCAUUAUGACAGAAACAAACCUCAGCUACUGUAUUUUGAUACCUGUACUGAAAGCAUAUGCCUCGUGACCACUCAAAUGUUGUACAUCAUUUGCUCUCUGUGUAGCAGUCACUGACUUACAGGGAUUGUCUGUUGUCUUCUCAUGGUUGUAUAUAUCAGGUAAAAUUGUUCCAAAGAGCCAUGUGUUAUAUAAUGGGGAAUCACUUUGAUACUUAAAUACUAAUUUGUACUCUUGUUAAUAUUUACUGGUAAUGGUGUAAUGCCACAGUAAUACUGUUUCAAAACUGUUGCAUCCCUUUUUAUAGAACAUUUAUAUUUCCAUGGACUCGAUAUGUCCUUUUCCCAAUUACCCUAGGAUGAAGCUGGUUUUGUGCUUUUUCUUUAUCAUUGGCCCUCAUUCCAAGCACUUUAUGCUGUCUGUAAUGGAUCUAUUUUUGCACUGGAAUAUCUGAGAUUUGCAAAACUAGACAAGAGUUUCAGAGCAGAUUUCUAAGUUAAAUCAUUUUCAUUAAAAGGGAAAAAAACUGAAAAAAAAUUUGUAUUGCCAAUAACUUUAUAUGAAGAGUUUUAAAAUCCUGUUUCUAUGUUAUGAGUCACAAAAUAAAGCUGUGACAGUUC